UUCUGAAGAGCACCCAAACGCAUCACCGGCGAUUGCAGAAGAAAAGCAAAGAUGGAGGACAGCUCUUCAAAACAGAUGCCCGAAAACCUGGACGACCCUCCGAACAGCCGUCUGUUCGUGGUCACCAGUCGGUCUAUAACUGAAGACGAGCUUCGGGAGAGUUUUUCGAAGUUUGGGGAGGUUCAGGGGGUCUGGCUGGUCAAAGACAAGCAGACAAAGGAGCCCAAAGGCGUCUCAUAUGUGAAGUUCGCUAAGUCGUCACAGGCCUGCUUAGCCAUGGAGGAAAUGCACGGAAAGGUGCUGCAGGAGGGGACUAAACCGAUAAAGGUGUUUAUAGCACAGUCACGAGGAUCAGCCAGACACAGAGACGUUGAGGAUGAAGAGCUGACCAGGAUCUUCAUCAUGAUUCCCAAAACUUUCACAGAGGAGGAUCUGAAAAACACAUUCAGAGAGUACGGAGAUAUUGAAUAUUGCAUCCUCAUCAGAAACAAAGUCACAGGUGAAAGCAAAGGCCUUGGCUACGUGCGCUACUACAAACCCUCUCAAGCUGCCCUUGCCAUCGAGAACUGUGACAAAUCUUACAGGGCCAUCCUCGCUGAACCCCGCAGUAAAAAUAACUCCUCCGAAGAUUACUCUGCAGGAGGGGCGAGGGGGGGAGAUUACAGCUCCAGUGACUCCAUGAACCAAUACCCCAUCAUCACCCCUGAUCAGGGGAACUACUCCAUGAUGGACUACCGCCAAAGCGAGUUCACCCGCUCUCUGAUGGUGUCCACGCGGGCCGCGCUCACCCAGGAGCAGAUCUUUGCUCUGUUUGACCUCAUCCCAGGCAUGGAGUACUGUGAGCUUCACAGAGACUCGUAUGGUAUGAGCAAAGGUCACGCUCUGAUUCGCUACAAUAAUCUCGGAUCAGCAGUUUAUGCCAAGGAGAAGCUGAACGGCUUUGAGUAUCCACCUGGCAACCGAAUUCAAGUGGCUUUUUACGAAGAUGGAGAGAGCCCUGCAGGCCGGAUGGCCUCUCAGUUUGUUACAGCCCAGAUCCUCUCCUCAGUGUGGAACGGAGCCAACAGCAGUAUGAUCAAACCCGCUGGAUUCUCGUCUGUCUCACAAAUGUCUCGCAUUCAGACGGACGUCACCCUGCCGCCUCUGAAGAAGCUCGCUCCGUCCGACAGUAAGGCCAAAGAGCGCCUGUUUGUUGUCUUCAACCCCUCCCCGCUGCCGCUCGACGUGCUGGAGGACGUCUUCUGUCGCUUUGGUUCCCUCAUCGAGGUCCAUUUGGUUCCAGGAAGGAAGGUUGGAUACAUGAAGUAUGCUGACAAGCAGUGUGCAGAUGAGGCCAUGGCCGUGCUCCACGGUCGGAUUGUCAACGGAGUGAAGAUGAAGGUGAUGCUGGCUGAUCCUCCUCGUGAGGAGUCUCACAAGCGCCCACGGACCUACUAGACCAGAACUGGCAGGCGACUGUUGUCAUAACAAAACGACAUCUGACCUGACAGACCAACAGACACCAACAUCAUCUCCUGACCUCUGACCCGACCCUUUGCCUGACUCGUAUUCAGUCAGUAAGCGUCUCUGUGUUUAAUGAUGUUUCUGUUUAAUUUACAUUUCAAAGCAAGACUUUGUGGGGAAAAAUAGGCUAAAUUUGGAGUUUGAAAAUUAGCUACAUUAUGAUUCAGAAGAUUUGUUUUUGCUAAACUGUGAGCAGGAUCCUGUUGUCUAAGUUUAAAGAACUUGACCUUGAACAGUCGGAUCAGACAUGUAAACCCAUACUGAGCUCAACUGAAUGUGUUAUUUGGACUGAUUUUUUUUUUCUUUUCAUAAAUAAAAAGUACAUCAAGGUCUGCA